AUGUGUAUAAGCGAGGAUGUCAUUCCUAAUCUGGUUUCUUUUCUGGUUAGGCUGGUGUCUCGCCAAGAGCAGCCUAUCAACUUGCUUGAUUUUCUUUUUCGAGUCCUCUUAUUUCGACGUCCUCCCUUGCAAGAACCAGAAGUCACUGAAAUAGUUAACCCAUUGUUCUCUAUGGAGUUGGCCAGUACACACACAAAAGUAUUAACUAACGUAAAUAAACAAAAACAAUUCCUUGAAUGGAUCAUCAGUCCGAUUAAAGCAUGUUAUGGGAGUCGUUCCGAAAAUGCUAUCAUGGCUGCCUUCGUUCUACCUUAUGUCAGAGUGAUCGAUGUGAUUUCGACCUAUCUGCGUUUACGUGAUAUUCCAAGUGAAUCGUCGGAUAUUCAAGUACCUAAAGAUGUAUUUCAUACGCUUCUUCUUCUUCUUCGGUCUCAUAGCCACCAGAUCCGUCUACAUGCCUUGCGCAUAUUAAUUGCGUUCAACGAUAUUCUGCACCUCUCGCUUUCGGAUCCUGUCCUCAGACGAUGCCUUGCCAUAGAACGCAUCAAAUUAACGCCUCAGCGCACACGCGAGUUCAUUAGUGAAGUUGGUAAUCUACAUGCGGGAAGAGAAGAAAUUACUGGGUCUUCCAGUACAGCGCAGGCAAGCUACUAUUUGAUUUAA